AUGCCGCCGAAAACCAAGAAAAUUGAUGCUGAAGCAGCCGAACAAGCGUUGGAAUGCGCGCGAAUUGCACGUAACCGCGCACAAAAAUCAAUAUCUGAUAUUUUGAACAUCGCGAGAUUAUCUAUGAACGAUCCCGCGAAACGUGAACAAUUAGCAUCAAGUGUAAAACGGUUAGACAAUCUUUUUUCUCGUUUUCAAGCCGAACAAAGUGUUAUUAUUAAUUCGCUGGUCACUGUCGGUCGUUCCGAUGAGUACGAUGAAAUCGAAUCACCCGUAACGGAUUCCGUCGAAGCUAUUGUUGACGAAAUUUACGAAAUAUUUGAUCGCACGUCGAAUGCUCCCGUUGCUAUACAACCGGUGCCGAUCCGACAAUCGUUUAGCGCGCUUCCGAAAAUUGAGUUGCCGUCUUUCGACGGGUCUGUUACAAAUUGGUGUGCGUUCCGUGAUACUUUUAAAUCGCUGGUACAUGAAGAUUCCAAUAUCGACAAUGUACACAAAUUUAAUUUUUUGUCACAGAGUUUGACCGGUUCUGCGUUAUCUGUGAUCAAAUCAAUUCCAUUGUCGGCGGCGAAUUAUAAUGUUGCGUGGGCAGCGCUCACAGACCGAUUCGAAAAUAAACGAUUGCUCGCAACUGCUCAUUUGGACAAGCUUUUCGCUUUCAAACCUAUCGCUUAA